AGUAAGGUUAAAGUUUUUAAUUAUGAAUAAAUUGACAGAAAAUAAGGAGAGUGUAUGGGACGUAAGAGAGAAACACGUAAACAUGGGGGUGCAGUUUGGAGUAUGCGAAUCUUGAAACGAAACCAAGCUUUAAGAAAUAAAUUAUUAUUCGCAGUGAAGAUCCUCUUCUUCUGCAGCUUAGCACACCACAUCGUUGCAAUUUGCAAAGAUGAACAGGAGGCAGCAAAAAGCCUUCAGAUUUGUGAUAUGGAUUCUGGGACUCUUUCUCAUCGCUUACAUUGCAGGACGACCCUUGUAUUGGCAUCUCUAUGAAUCCAUUAAUUCUACCUCUUCUCCUUGUCCUCCUUGCCAAUGUGAUUGCUCUCUUCAGCCCCUUAUUUCUCUUCCAGAAGGAUUGACCAACAAUUCCAUUUUAGAUUGCAUGAGGCAUGACCAAGAGGUGAGUGAAGAGAUGGGGAAGAAUUUUUCAGACCUUUUAGCAGAAGAAGUAAAGGAAAAAGAAGCUGAAGCUGAGGAAAAACAAAGAAAGGCAGAUUCAAUGCUUUUAGAGGCUAAGAAAAUAGCAUCUCAGUACCAAAAGGAAGCUGACAAGUGCAAUUCAGGGAUGGAGAGUUGUGAGCAGGCAAGGGAAAGAGCUGAGACAACACUUGAAAAUCAGAUGAAAGAAACUGCUUUGUGGGAGCUGAGGGCUCGCCAAAGAGGCUGGAACAAAGAUGCUUCAAAGAAAGCUCGAGCACGUUCUUAAUACUUCUACACUCUUCUAUUCUUCUUUUAUUAUUCUCGUUACUUCAUAUAUUGUUUAGUAUAAAUAAAUGCACAAGGAUACUUCUGCUUUUAAAUUUCCCUUAGAUUGAGCACUCAACCAUUCACUUUGCUCAUGAAUCGUUAAUUUUGUUUGUUGUCUUGUGUUCGAAAAAAGUUGCAUGACAUGAUUUCAUUACGCAUGUUUGCAUUUUACUCACAUUUUCAUGUCAAAUGUGAAAAAGUGCAAAAUGGAUGUUUGUCGAUUAGUCUGAGACGGAGAACCAAACACAAAUUGCUGCAAACCUUCACGAACUAGAAAAGAUAAAGUUAUAAUCCUCUUUAAAGACAAACUGAGUUGAAACAAAAUGAACUUAAAAGCAGAGUUAUAUUUCUUUUUGAAAGGUAAAACAACUUGAAAAAAAAACUUGUCACAUUUUUGU